UACUCACCAAUCACAGCCCACCACAUUCAAUCUCUUUAAAAAUUGAGCAGUAGAUUCAUUUCUUUUGAGCUUAUUAUUAGUGUUUCUGUUUUUUCUUUUCCUUUUGUUGUUUGUAGCUCAGCUCAGCUCAGACCUCAAGAAAAAUUUAAUAAACAAACCAAGAAAAAAGCAGACACAGAUCUUCUCUUUUUAUAAAAAAUUUCAUAGCUUCACUCACUGUCUUAAAUCGUAAUCCUCUGUUUUUUAGUUUUCCCACCUGGGUUUUUCAUUUCCACCUUUUUCUUUUUAAAAAGCUUUAAUCUUUACUCACUCAAUCUCAGAACUUGAAGAACCUGCAGAGUUACUUUUCACCACUGUUAAAAGCUUCCAUCUUUUUCCAUUCUUGGUUCCCAUGGAAGUUUAUUUAUCUGGGUUUAGUAUAUAGUAUAGUAUAGAUCUCUCAGUAUUUUGUUUUAGGGUUUCAAUUUGGAGAUUUUUUAAAAUUUGUAGAAUUGGGUUUUAGUAGAAUUUUAUUUGAUUUUGAAAAGUUGGUUCCUUUUUAGAUUCCUUAAGAGUUAUUAUUAUGACUACACCAUAAAAAAAAGCUAUUCUGAUUCUUUGUUUAAUGCUUCUUGAUUUAACACUGAUAUUUUGUUUUUGAAAACCUCCACUUUAUCCACUUUUCUCUUUAUUCACUCCCCAUAAGGAAUUCUUGUUAUGAUAGUUUUGUGAUUUUUCUUCUGUUUUUUGGAUUUGGAUUUGGGUUUGGGUUUGGGUUUGUUGCAAUGAAGUGGGAAAUGGGAGUGAUUUCACCAAAUUCUUAUCUUUCAAGUACUAAUUGUUUCAUAGAAGAGAGCAAGAGCAGCACAAAAUGGAGUCCAGCAGAGAACAAAAUGUUUGAAAAUGCUCUGGCUGUUUAUGAUAAAGAUACUCCUGAUAGAUGGCACAAAGUGGCUGCUAUGAUUCCUGGCAAAACUGUUGGAGAUGUGAUGAAGCAGUAUAGUGAAUUAGAGGCUGAUGUUAACAAUAUAGAAGCAGGGUUGGUUCCGGUUCCUGGAUAUAGUACCUCUCCUUUUACACUUGACUGGGUUAAUAGUAACUACAAUAGCUAUGAUGGUUUCAAACAAUCUUAUGUUCUUGGUGGAAAGCGAUCUUCUUCCGGUCGGUCCGCCGAUCAAGAACGAAAGAAAGGUGUUCCUUGGACAGAGGAGGAGCAUAAGCUAUUUCUGAUGGGAUUAAAAAAGUAUGGCAAAGGAGAUUGGAGAAAUAUCUCGAGGAAUUUUGUUGUAACUCGAACGCCUACACAGGUUGCGAGUCAUGCACAGAAGUAUUUUAUCAGGCAGCUUUCAGGAGGAAAAGAUAAAAGAAGAGCAAGCAUUCAUGAUAUUACAACAGUCAAUCUUAAUGAAAUUAGAACGCCAUCUCCGGAAAAUAAAAGACAGAAUUCACCUGAUCAAUCUACACUUCUUACUCAACAAUCCAACGGCGUCUCAAUGCCUAGAACACAUUUUCAAUGGAAUCAACCCGAAAAUGGAGCAACCAUGGGGUUCAAUUCAACACAUGGAAAUAUGUUCAUGCCCUCUGCUUAUGGAAUUAACUCAUAUGGAAUUAAAAUGCAACCUCAUAAUCUGUAUAGAGGUUCUUCACUUCAUGAAUCUCACGUCGGACCGCAAAGUUUACCCUUUCAAAUGCAAUCUGCACAGCAUUACCCUCAUGGAUGACCUACAAUGGUAUACCUGUGUCUAAGCUCUCGAAGUUCGAUUUUAACAUUUUUUUUUUCAGUCUCUUUUGUCUAUAUCUCGUCCAGAUAUCUUGAACUUGGAGGGUAAAAGAAUUCUGUUUUGCUUGGAAUUCCCUUUCUGAAGUAUGAGACUUUAGAUGGUUUUGUUUCUUCAGAACAAGAUUAGAAGAGUAUAAAAAAGAGAAUUGUAUGCAAUGAUAAGAUUAGAAGAACCAAAAAUUUGUAACACUCCAAGUUCAUGCAGAGAAGAUACUAAAUAAAGAAUUUGACAGGUUCAUUUA